GUUAAAGAGACUCACUUGUCGGUUUUCCUAAAUCUCAAUUGAAAACGGUUAUGUAGCGCGAGUCGUUUUGUUUGCAACGACUUGUGAGAAUUACUAUGUUAUCAUCUUUUACCACCUAUACUCCUGGGCUUUUACUACAUAGUUCCCCAUUACAUAUCACUUCAUUUAUCAGUACAAAAAGACAGCUACCAAUCAGAUUUGAGGCAUUCCGAAAUAGAUUAAGUUGUUCAUGAGUUGUUGUUCCCACUGCCUUGAUCAUCAGAUGGGCCUCUUGCAGGUUACAUAUCAUUUGAUCCCUCGCCUCGAACAUUUUUCAAUCCCAUGGAGAACAACUCACCACUUGGGGCAGCCUAUGUCCAUCACCUCAUACAUGGGAGGAUUGGUGGUCAGCGAAUCAUUCAAUCCCGCUCGGUACACUAGGAGAUGGAAGUAGCAUGACAAAUGGCGUCUACACGCAUGCUAAUCAUCUAUACGUGGCAUAACGCUUCUGUCAGCGACUUGAUACAUCGUGUUGCGCCUAUCGUGGAUCGAUCUCUCAAACAUGCAACUAUUCUCAGCGACAAGUCGGCCUGGAAUAACCAUGUGCAUUCCCCAUUGAUAGAGAUGCUCUUUCCAAGUCCAAGUCCAACUUUGAUGGAUUUUCAAUCAUGUACAACGAGUAGCAUGGACUCGACAUAUCACCGCUUCGCCGAGGCCGCAAGUCGAGUGGACUACUGCCCGGCAGGGCUGCUACGCCGUUGCUGAGCGAGACGCAGCUUGACACUACAGUCCCAUGUCUCAACUGGUUGAUUGACCGACUGCUACAACAAUAUCCCAUAGCUAUUAAGUGUCAUGGUGGUGACAUAGCCAAAGCAGAAGCUCAGCUGCACACUGGGGAUUACUGAUAUCUCGAGUCGGCGUCGAGGCUGUUAAUAAGCUCUGCUUCUUGCCUGAAGAUAUCGUGCAUGGCCACGCAUGAUCACUUAUGAUGACAACGAGACAGAAGGCGACAACGGCGGUGGUUUGUAACCUCGAGUUUGGCAAGACUGGUUCGAUCAUUGGUGCGUUUUAGGUGCUGACUAGAUUAUGGCGUCUGCGUGUAUGGUCACUUGAACCGUUGUGGCCUUGGUACAAACGGCAUUUACCCGAUCUUGAAUUACCGCCUCAGGCGCUUGCAUAACCAGAGCCGAGAGGCUACCGCUGGGAUGGUCUGUAGCAGCCCCCAAGUCUCAUAGACCCAUGUCUAGUGCAGUAGUGUGAUUAUCUUGUACUGCCGAAUAAUUACUCUG